GCCGGGGGAGCCCGCGCCGCCCCGCCGAACCAGGAGGAAGGCCGCCGAGCAGCGCGCCCGCCCGGCCCGUCCCCGCCGCCCUGCCCCAUGCCCCAGCGACGCUGAGCCUCCCGCAGCCCGAACAUGGCCACCACGGCAACGUGCACCCGCUUCACCGACGAGUACCAGCUCUACGAGGAGCUCGGCAAGGGAGCCUUCUCUGUGGUCCGCAGAUGUGUAAAGAAAAAUUCCUCACAGGAAUAUGCUGCAAAAAUCAUCAACACCAAAAAACUGUCAGCCAGAGCAGAAUUUGAACCUGUAUGGACACCUGAUGCAGUAACUGCUACUUGGAGAGUCAGCAUCUUGCUGUAUAGCCCAUUGCUGCUUCACAGAGAUUUUGCCUGCUGUAGUGCUUUCCUUGAUUCUCUUCAAGAUCACCAGAAACUGGAACGUGAAGCUCGAAUUUGCCGGCUUCUAAAGCAUCCAAAUAUUGUGCGACUCCAUGACAGUAUUUCAGAAGAAGGUUUCCAUUACCUCGUCUUUGAUCUGGUCACUGGUGGGGAGCUCUUUGAGGAUAUUGUUGCUAGAGAAUACUACAGUGAAGCAGAUGCCAGCCACUGUAUUCAUCAGAUACUGGAGAGUGUGAAUCACAUUCACCAGCAUGAUAUUGUGCACAGGGACUUGAAGCCUGAAAAUUUACUACUAGCGAGUAAAUGUAAGGGUGCUGCUGUCAAACUGGCUGACUUUGGACUGGCUAUAGAAGUCCAGGGAGAGCAGCAGGCCUGGUUUGGGUUUGCUGGUACUCCAGGCUACCUCUCCCCUGAAGUCUUAAGAAAAGAUCCUUAUGGAAAACCAGUGGAUAUAUGGGCAUGUGGAGUGAUUCUGUACAUAUUACUAGUGGGGUACCCUCCCUUUUGGGAUGAAGAUCAGCACAAACUCUAUCAGCAGAUCAAAGCCGGAGCCUAUGACUUCCCAUCACCUGAGUGGGACACUGUGACUCCUGAAGCCAAGAAUUUGAUCAACCAGAUGCUGACGAUAAACCCAGCAAAGCGCAUCACAGCUGACCAGGCUCUCAAACACCCAUGGGUUUGUCAACGAUCCACUGUUGCAUCAAUGAUGCACAGGCAGGAGACUGUGGAAUGCUUGAGAAAGUUCAAUGCUAGAAGGAAGCUAAAGGGUGCAAUCCUUACAACGAUGCUUGUGUCUCGGAAUUUUUCAGCUGCCAAAAGCCUGCUGAACAAGAAGUCAGAUGGAGUGAAGCCACAGAGCAACAACAAAACCAGUAUAGUAAGCACUGCAAAAGAAACAUCCCCAGUGCAGACGUCCAUGGAGCCUCAAACAACUGUUGUCCAUAAUGCUACAGAUGGCAUAAAGGGUUCCACAGAGAGCUGUAAUACCACAACUGAAGAUGAGGAUCUGAAAGCUCCCCCUCUCUCCACCGGGGACGGCAGCUCAGUGCUUGAAGGACGGAGGCACAGUGAGAGCAAAACACAGACUGAGUCCAUGCAGUCCCAGCUUUCUCUCUGUUUCUCAGCCAUGCGUAAGCAAGAGAUCAUUAAGAUAACAGAGCAGCUGAUAGAGGCCAUCAACAAUGGAGAUUUUGAGGCAUAUACAAAAAUCUGUGAUCCUGGCUUGACCUCAUUUGAACCUGAAGCACUGGGGAACCUGGUUGAAGGAAUGGAUUUCCAUAAGUUUUACUUUGAAAACUUGCUGUCGAAGAACAGCAAGCCAAUCCACACGACCAUCCUGAACCCCCACGUCCACGUCAUCGGGGAGGACGCCGCGUGCAUCGCGUACAUCCGCCUGACGCAGUACAUCGACGGCCAGGGCCGGCCCCGCACCACGCAGUCGGAGGAGACCCGUGUCUGGCACCGCCGAGAUGGCAAGUGGCUCAAUGUCCACUACCACUGCUCUGGAGCUCCUGCAGCACCUCUCCAGUGAGGAUCAAAUACGGCAACUUGUGGAGAUACUCAGCUGGAGGGCAAUAUCUUCUUAGCAAGCAGCUCUGGAGUGCCUGAGUGACAGCAACGGUCAUGUCUGUUUUGACAUUAAAAAAAUAAAUACAAAUUACAAACAGGCAGCAGCCAAAUGCACGAAACCCUGCAUGCAUCUGAUGCUCCGGGCACUGCCUUUCUGUUGUUUUCCAUGGAUCCAUCGUGUCUGUUUCUGCUGUAUGAAGGUGUUUUUAAAUCUAAAAAAAUAAAAAGACAUGUUGUUUGUAUAAAAUAAUGAAAAACAGGAAUAAUGCUAAAUAAAUGACAGAUUAUCCAACAUGCCCCCUCCCCCAGGGCUAAGAAAGUGGCAGCAGCCAGAACAUCUUUCAGAAAUGAAGUAAGGGGGAAAGCAAAAGUGAAGGAGAGAAAGAGAGAGGGAGAGCAAGAAAGGAGGCGGCUUGAACAGCGGAUGGCUGAACUGUGCUCCGCAAAGCGAUGGUGGAAGUUAAUACCGCAUUCAGGCUGUGCCGCAGCUGCAGUCGGUGAGAGGUGGCAAGGAGACCCCAGAGGAGCCAGUGUGAAGACUGGGGUUCAAGAGAGAGGAGGUGCUUCUCUUCCUGUUGCCCAGCAGUCUGACUUCAGCCUGUUUCUUUGAUUUCUGCACAGCAAGAACGCUACGGAAACCUGGUUGCUCGGCUGCUGGAUCCCAAAACAGACUUUUUUUUCCCUUUUUUUUCCCUUUUUUUUUUUUUUUUUUUAA